AUGCCAGAUGGAUCCCACAUCACCGACCUCGAGUACAUAGACGAAGAAGAGCCGUCCGUCAUCAGCCAGUUUCUUCCGCCUCUGACUUUCCCUGUGGAGGACUUGGACCCUUCUGCAGCAGUAAUCAAAUUCAGUAGUCGGCCUCUUGAAGAGGACACAGAAAGUUACCGUGAGCUCGAUAUCAGAGUUCCACCUGGAUUACAUGGCUUAAGGCUUCCCAGCUGGCAGGAGUUUAAUAAUCAUACGGAAGCUCUACUUGUCUUCGACGACCUCGGCGAGAGCUCGGCCAGCAGCCUGGGGCUAAGAGUAGAUCUUCGGCCCAGGGAUAGACAAUGCAAGUUCUGGACAGUAGUACAAGCUCAACUGAUGAAUGCACGUAUGUCUUGA